CGCAUGCAAGUGUUACGAGCCGAUAAUCCGAGCCUUGGACUCGUGAUGGAAGCAAUAUCAAGUCGUUAGAGUCAAGAGCCUCAAGUCCAUUGCAAGUGCAAGCUGCACAUCUUCUGCGCAGGCUUAACAUCAUGUCAACUCCAACGCAGACGAAACGAAAUAUUCCUACAACACCUGACGAAACAACGUUUGGUCUGUUCCUCUGGGGAGGCAGAGAAAAAUUUGAUAGGCGAAUAGCAAUAUUGGAAGCGUUUAUCGGCAAUCCAAUUUUCUCCAAGAAAACAGUGACCACGCCCUCGCUAGCUCGCAAAGAUGCAUGGACACGAGCGGCUUUCCAAUCAAGAGAGCUUAUCAGGCUCAAGUUGAAGCAUGACUGGCCACACAGGCAGUUCAUGGAAGCGGUCAGGUUCACCGACAACAUGCUGCCGGUGCAACCUCAGUUCAGAAUCUUCAUGUCGAAUCUGGAGAGCCAGAUGUCUGAUGCACAGAAAGCGAUUUGGAUCCCCAAAGCAGAACGUUUUGAGAUUUUUGGCUCGUACUCGCAGACUGAAUUGGGCCAUGGAUCGAACGUCAGAGGAAUCGAGACGACUUCGACAUUCGAUCCAGCCACAGACGAGUUCAUCAUAAACUCUCCGACCACAAGCAGCACGAAAUAUUGGAUCGGUGCCACUGGAGUAUGGGCAACCCACUCGAUCGUGGUGGCACGGUUGAUCGUAAACGGCAAGGAGUAUGGCAACCAUCUAUUCCUCACUCAGCUUCGGAACCUGGAUACCCAGGAGCUCAUGCCUGGAGUCAAAAUUUACGAAAUGGGCCCGAAGGUCUUCCAAGGCAUGCUCGGCACCGACAACGGCGCCUUAAGAUUCCACAACGUCCGGGUCCCUCGAGCACAAAUGCUCGCCAGGAACGCACAAGUGCUGCGAGACGGCACUUACGUUGCGCCCAAGAACACAAAACAUUCGUAUGGAUCGAUGGUCACUGUUAGAGCUCUGAUGGCUGAGAUAACCGGUUGGGAUCUAUUGAAAGCUGUUACAGUUGCAUAUCACUACACCACCUUUCGACGUCAGUUCGAUCGCGACCACAAAGGAGAGGAAACUCCGGUUUUCGAUUAUGCUAGUGUGAGAUAUCGGCUAAUGCCACUCCUUGCACAGGCAAGCGCACUCGUGUUGGUAGGGCAGAAUAUCAAGCGUGCCUAUGACACCUACACGGAAAAUUAUCUUUUAACAAAUGAUACAUCUGAGCUUGAGGAUCUGCACCUCCAGACUGUGGGUGCUAAGGUCUAUUCGACGGAGAUUACCGGACAUGGAAUUGAAACGUGCCGUAUUUCUUGUGGAGGUCAUGGAUACAACGCCUUGUCUGGAUUCGGACGCAUGUACGCAAAUGCAAUCAAUGCCGUGACGUAUGAAGGUGACAAUUAUGUGGUGGCUCAACAGGUCCCAAGGGCGAUCUUGAAGCACUUCAAGGCAAAGACAGAGUCGUCCUUGUCUAGCUUGUCCUACCUCUCUUUCCUACGUACCAGGGAGCCACCAGAACCGAUCAAGGUUCAUACCACGGCGGAUUGGCUCCUGAGAGACCGGCAAAGAUUCGUUCUCGAACAACGGCUGGUCACGCUUGUGCAGAAUCACAUGGACGAUACGGAGGCCGGCAAGGACACUAGUUUCUCGACACAUGCUCUUACAAUGGCUCACGGCGACUUCAUUUACUGGAAGGGAUUCUGGAAUGUUGUUGAUCAUAAUGGGAACGAAGAUUUCUACCCAUCACUCAACGCUCUGGCACAAGUGUUUUCACUUUCAAUCCUCCAAAAUGCGCAUCUCGCACUGACACCGCCACUGUCGCUGCCUCAAAAAGCGCGGAAUCUGCUGGCAGAGGCGUAUCGCAAUGCGAUCAACGAUCUAGCAGACAGCCAUGUGGCCAGAAUCAUUGAUGCUUAUGGUUUUACAGAAUACGAGCUGGACAGUGCCCUUGCUCGAGCUGAUGAGACACCUUACGAAGCGUUGCUCAAUGGAGCCAAGAAGAGUGAAAUGAACAAUAUGCAGCACCUCUGGCCAAUGAUGGUAGACACAAGAAGGAUCUGGCGGGAAUUUGAGCAGGACAAGCAGAGAGGACAACAGGCCAAAUUGUAGAUAAGUCUCAUUACCAGGUUAUGCGAGGUACAACAAGUACUGUAGUACUGUACCAUUCUUGGCCCAGAUCCGGC